UUCUACAAAUGGAGACACAAUAGAUGCUUUCCGUUCGCAGAAAACUAUGCAAUGCGAAAGGAAAUGCAGCAUCCUAGUCAAAGGAAACCGAAAAGAAAGUAAAAUGCACGCAACCCCCCAUGCACCACCUUUAAAAAUAUCCACUUGUUGUGCCGCAAAUGGUUUAUUGGUCGUAUAGCGACAGGAUACCCGGCCACUAAAACUGUACUUUUGGUUAAUGAAAAACACACACGCUCGGCCAGUGCAGCGCAACAUCGACAAAAAGCUAAAAGACAGUUGUAUUAUUUGCUGGCAUUAUCAAACCAUUCAUUUAAGCAAAGGAGGAAACAUCUUGAAAUGCUGUCAAAAAAGUCCAGUCUGUUUUAUACUCAUAAAAAAUAAAUUUACAUUUCUAGAUACUCACACAAACACACUCAUUUCAUAAGCACAUAUCAAAAACUAUCAUUACGUGUCAACAUGAAUUUGUUCAUCACAAAAUGUUACAGAAAUACUAAUAAACAGGUUUGUGUAUACAAAAAUAUAUCUGUUACCUAUUGGAUUUUGUUAAGUAGUUUUGCUCAGGCUCAUUUACUCCGCACUGUUUAUAUAUAGGCUUUGGUUUUCUUUAACACGUCGUUUGCCAUUUAUAAAUCACUAUGGAAUUACAGUGAUGAAAAAAGCGAUGAAGCCGCCAUCAUCAAUAUGUCAUUUUAUCUAUUGUGACCUACUUGUGCGAUAAGGCCUUGUAAAUCAUCUGAAAUAUAAAUAAGGAAGGAUGAAAAAUGACCAAAUGUUGUACGGAAUAAUGUGUGUUUUGGAAAUCUGCUACUCCAGGGCUUGUAUGUUGACACUCUGCUCUCCAAUUGUAUGAUAGGACCAAAGCCGACUGUAUGUGGGGGCACAACAUGUCCAUGUAUUCAAUUUAGUGUUUUAUAAAAUUCCUAUGUGAUUAGUAUUGUGCAAUCUCAUUGGAAGGUAUGGAAAGGGUGAAGGGAUUAAAAAAAAGCUAGCUCUCUGCUCCGGGGUCCCCCGGCGCGUGCAAUCACAGCCCCCCUCAAGGGUACUAUUUUGCAGGCACGUCCGCUCGCUAUUGGUCAGUGGCUGGUCAGAUGGUACGGUUUCCCUCUGUCCCGCACUGGCACAUAGCCACCCAGAACACCCCCCCACCCCCCCAACUAAAACCCAAUCUCCGAUAAACUACUAAUAGCUAAACCACUUGGACUAUAAAACACAACAAAUCAUAAACCAAGCAAAAGAGCCGUACCCUCCCAAUGAGUUCCUAUUUUGUAAACUCAACUUUCCCAGUGACUCUGCCCGGAGGACAGGAGUCGUUCUUGGGACAGAUACCGUUAUAUUCCUCCGGAUACACAGACCCUUUACGACACUAUCCCGGUGCUGCUUAUGGAGGUUCCAGUGUCCAAGAGAAGGCGUACCCAACCUCCUUUUACCAGCAAGCGAACGGUGCCUACGGCAGGGCAACCACCGCCGGACCCUGCGAUUAUGCGACAGCAAGCUUCUACAGGGAAAAGGACCCAGCCUGCGCCCUCGCCAGCAUAGAGGAACACUCGUUCGUUCUCAGUCAGGAUCAUCGCAAGCAAGACUGCACGGGGUCGACGGGGAAAAGCAUCUACCCUGAGGCCGACGAACAGAAGCCGUCAGCACCGGUUUAUCCUUGGAUGCAACGGAUGAACUCUUGUAACGGGACCUUCGGUAACGCUGGCCGAAGGGGUCGUCAGACGUACACUCGCUACCAGACGUUAGAAUUGGAGAAAGAGUUCCACUUUAACAGGUAUCUGACCCGAAGACGCCGCAUCGAGAUCGCGCACGCACUGUGCCUGACAGAACGUCAGAUAAAGAUUUGGUUCCAAAACCGGCGAAUGAAAUGGAAAAAAGAGAACAAAUUGAUCAACUGUUCACAAACGAGUGGCGAAGAGGACGAGGAGAAGAGGACAGAAUGAAAUUUUAAACGAUACCCCCCAUCCCAAAAACACCAGACACCUCUGUAAUAAUACAAAUGAAGAUUUUACUUCAUGUUAGCAACUGUAGCAUUCCUGUUAACUCAUAAUUGUAAUUUCUUUUCUGAUUUCUUUCUUUUUGUACAUGACGUUUAAUACAUGUGGUUUAGUGCGCUCUUACUCUGACUUUAGAUUUGCUCUUAUUACCGAAAUGUCCAUGUUGAACGAAGCUAUUUGAAAUUUGUGUCAUAUUCGUGUUUAUAUUUAAGCUGUGUAAAAAUAAAAUAAAUUCCCAAUGUACGGAAAACGUU